AUGCUCUUCCCCUGUCCUCGGCAGAGCGAACCUGGCCUGAUGUUGUCAGGCCUGCAGCUUUGUGAUUUGCUGCAAAUGCAGCGCCUGUCGGCCUCACAGUACAUCGGUCAGCGGUCUUGGCACCUUUGUCGAUCCGAUGGGCGGCCUGGUCUCCUCACAGCCCGCCGCUUGGCCUUAAGCCGGAAGCGGCUACAAGCUGGCUCUCACUUUGGUCGCUUGGAGUACGAGAAUGUGGAUGCAGAUGUCGCGCACCAGCUCGGCACCUUCGUGACGAAGUCUUUCAAGGAGUCACAAGACCGCUCCUCCUGUUUGUCCUGCAGCACGAGGCCGAAGAGCUACAUCAAGAGUCUGACAGUGUACGAGCGGGACCCGAGCGACCGCAGAUACCGGAUGACCGUGGACUUGGACCACGAUCGAGACUCAAGCUACAGCCAUGUGUGGUACAACAAGGAGAAGCAGUGGUGUGCUGACAAAGCUAAUGCUUCUGAAGCCUCCUCAUGCCAAUUUCACAGAGACUCCAUUCCUGCUUACCUUCUGUGGGAGUGCAUGACUCUAGUGGGACUCGAGACUACGCAGACACCCCUCUACUCGCAUCUGAGCACAGAAGUGUGCUUGGAGCCUUUCUUGGUCAACGGAAAGGUUGACCUCGACCACGGAAAUAACCUCCUUCGCCGUACACGCUUGGUCAUGGCACGAAACGUAGAAGUCGACGGCACGAGGAAUCGGCAGCUCAAGCACACGGUUAGAGCAAGCUCAAGCCUGGCUUUCUUGAAGUGUCUCAUGGUGGAGACCGCUCGGGGCCAUCCUCUGCUGGAUGCGACAAGGCAUAGCCUGGCUGUGUCCCUGAACGGUGGGGUCCUGGAGCUUGUGGAUGUUGCCUUGUGGGAGGGUUCCGAUCAGGAUUCUGUUCCUUUGGAGUUUCUGUUCACUGGCGUGCCCAGUGAUGUCGACGAGGGAAAGCUUGCCUCGGCGCUGACCGAAAAGCUGCAAGAGCGGCUGCAGGAGGAGCGCAGGGCGGAGUUUCGAUCGCAGCUGAAGAAGCGUCAGGAGUCCUCCCUGCGGCGGCGCAAGGCAGGCCCUGAAGAAGGCGGAGACGGCGCGGAGGAACAGUGGAGAAGCUACCUGCGGAAGCCCGCGCCAGAAGUGAAACUCAAAGUGCAGAGCGUGUUCGACGCUGGUACGCGAGUCCGGAAAGUCUUGGGGUGCCGUGUUCUGGUGUCCCCAGAGGCAGCGAAUGAUCUGGGAAAGAUUUGCUUUCGCCACAUCUUCGAGUCCGAGGAAGAGGAGAAGGAGAGGCUGCGGCAACUCCAGUGGUAUGAGGAUCCUUUUCUCGUGUGCUUCUACAGCUGCUCCUGCGUGCUUGUGGUGGUGAUGCUGCUUUGGCUCGCGAUGCUGUUGCCCGCGAUCCUACGGCAAAACUAG